AUGUCGGCGGUCCUAAAGGCCAUUGGCAAAGCCUGCUUCAAGUGCUUCGGGAAGUGUUGCCGGAAGUGCUGCCAGAAACUGGGCAAGAAGUGCGCCAAGCAAUGCGCUAAAUGCUGCCGGAAGCAGUGUCAGAAAUGCAUCAAAAGACGCGCCAAGAAGUACGCCAAAACCAAGGCACAAGAGAUGAUGGAGAAACAUGGGGAAGUAAAGGCGUCAGCGCACAUCGAGAGGGUGAAGCUGCUGGCUAAACAGUACCACCCGAUGGGCAAGUGGGACGAGAGGUGCUCGUGCACGAUUUGUAUCAAGUGCGUGGAGAAGUUGUGCUGCUGUCGUACCGAGUUGACCGAGUCGUCCAACCCCGUACGCAGGUGUUGCAUCCCGGGGACGAGGGAGAACAGCAUAGCCAAGAUCUUCCUCGGCUUUCUGUCUGGUUUGUUGCUGACGGUUAUCCUGUACUACCUGAUGAUCCACCACAUGAACUACGCCAAGAGGAGCGCGGAUGUAGCGGGCUGUGUGCUGGGAGUUAUCCUGACUGUAGGCAUGGCCGGCUCAGCCAAGUUCCGCUGUACCAUCCUCCUCAUGCUACCCAACUUCUUCUCAAGUCGCGGCCGCUCUGUUGCUAUGGCCUACGCCAUGGUACUGGUCAUGUCCGGGCCUUACGUCAACCUACAACAUAACAUCGAGGUGGGGUCACGGAGCAUGUCAUGUGGCGCAGCUUUGGCCGCCAACCAAUCAGAGGCUUUGGCUGAUCUCAUCAUGUCGCCAGUCUCGCACAUUAUAGAUGCUGUAGAAGCCGUCAUCCAACAACUAAAGGAAGCAGCAGAAAAAGCCAAGAAAGGUUUCAUAGCCGUCAGAGACGCUAUGGUGGCAGUAGGUAAAGCCAUCAAGAAGGCGGCAGAAUGGCUGGGAAACUUGGGGAAGGUGUGUAACAAGAAACUCGGGAAGCCCCGAGACAUAUGCAUCAAUGAACUCAAAAAGGCGUACAAGGACUGCCGCAGCAGGGGCCUCACAUUCUUGUGCGAGGUCGUCAACGUUGGAGAGCUUUGCAACAUCGCGGAUGCGGCCGUAAAGGUGAUGGAGAAUUUGGAACACCAGUUUUACUUUGACGUGGACAUCUUUCACAACUACACUCUUAUCAAGGACGUAUCAAAAUCUGGCAAGGAGAUAAGGGAAGAAAUAAUGCAAGAAAUCAAGGGCAGGACCGAGACGUUUAGAAAAAUGAUCAGAGCAGUAAGCAACGUCAUGGUCAUCACCUUUCUCGUCUUGUACAUCAAGGCCGCUAGCUACCGACGAAAGUACAUGACGAAGGACAGGUUUGACAACUUGUACAUCACGGAAGAGUUUAAAGCGAUGGACAAGAAGCGAAAUGACAUGUGGAAGGAGACUGUCCUACCUCUGGAUUACAGGGACUACUACAGAUACAUCCACCCCGCGGGUUUCCGCUUGUGCAAGGCGGAGAAGUCGAAACUCUGGAGGGGCCUGAUCUUCUGGGCCAUCAACGUGAUCUACGGAGGUUUCAUCAUGGGGAUGGACUGGGCGCAGUGGUGGCUGCUCAUCAUGGUCAAACUCAACGCAGACAUGGAAAUCGACGCUAACCCUCCAGCCCGUAUCGGUAUGCAGAUAAAGGGUGACGGGAUGCUUGCCGACAUGUUCCGGGUUCUCGUCUCCAGUUUUGACCCCCUGGCGGAAGAAGACUUCACCUUCGAUACGACCAAAUGUUUACCUCACCCGACAUUCCCAGACCUUUCCGUCUACAAGAAAAUAGGAUUUAUUUACGGCGCUUGCCUGUUCACGGUGAUUUUUGAGGCCUACGGACUGCGCCUGCGCAGAGCGACCUGUGCCAGCUACUUUCCCGAACGGGAGCGAGAGCGAGUCGUCUGGCUGUACAACCACAUGCUGAAGAGACGAGGAGGGUUGGUGGCGACACUAAGGAAGUGGGGGAUGAGAAAGGCGAUCGAACAAAUGGCAGAAGAGGCUGGGCAGGAGGUUUCCUUUGGCCCAGAACGAGAGGUAUACGACUCCAACGUGCUGGACAGAUGUGCAUCAAGCUUUCCAUGUGUUGAAAGGCUGCUGAAAAUGUGCGGCUGGAAAGGGAAAAAGUUCUGCAUAUCUUGCGCAAAACCAGGAGAGCAGGAGGACAAAAAGAAGUUUAAACAUUGCGAAAAUGCAGGCUGCAAAGGGAUCUUCUGUCUGGACUGUUGGAUCCAGAUUAACAACACCUGCACACUGUGCAUGCGCCCUGUGGACUACUCCGACGUUGCAUACGUUAGCGAAGAACGAGACUCUAGUGACGAAGAGGAGUUGAGAAAAGUCCGCAGAGCCAAGAAGAGACGCGGCUCGGAUGCAGCGCUGAGGACGAGACGUCUGAUGAAGGAACAGAGGGAGACAGAAAAACAAGAUGAAGAAGAAGCAAAGCUAGCGAAGACGGUUCCUGAGGAGCAGUCGCUGGUGUCCAGUUCUGAGGACAGUGAGGACGAAUCAGGUGACAGUGAUGACGUCGACACUGAUGACUUGGACAUGGAUUAUCAAUACACUACAGCCGAGUCUGACUCUGAUUCUGAGGAAAAUGACGCCACGAGAGUCAGGAGCAACAUCGAACUGGUGACGUACCAAGACGUGACAUGCGCAGUGGAGCACAGCGACUGGAAUUACAUUGGGCAGGACCAGGCGUAUCAGUACGACCACUUAACAGAUAUACGGAUAGACAGACAAUAGCCGCUUAUUUGGUGACCAGGACCAGACGUAUCAGUACGACUACUUAACAGAUAUACGGAUAGACAGACAAUAGCCGCUUAUUUGGUGACAGCUGAACAUUCAUUGACCACGGACACAUAU